UGCUGUGUGUACUGUGAAUCUGGAUCAUCCGUUUUUGUUCUGCUGUGUGUAUUUCCCCAAAGUUGAGGUUGUCCUGCUGAAUUUUCCUUGAAAUUACAUUAUUAUUGAGGUUUAUUGAUUAAUUUUAUUUGAAAGAUGAAGCUGAUUGUGCUAACAAUAUUCUGUCUUGUUAUUACCGAGACAAUUACUGGAUCAAACAUCUCUGGGGAGCAUCAUGAGCCAGCAGCCGUGAAUAAUUCUCAGAAAAAUCCAAUCGCUGUCGAACCAGAACCAACGCAUGUACCAGAGAAGAACUUCACUACAACAACUACGACUACAACUACUGCUAAUCCUAAUACAACAACAACUACCACCCCUCCACCAUCAACUACAACGCCGACGACUUCUACCAGUGUUUCCCCUACAACAAGCUCUACAACCCCGGCUGCACAAAACAUCACCACCACUCCCGUCCCACACCCCACUGUGCCACCGACCGACAGCCCAGCUCACAAGGCAGACCGCAAAUUUGACUCGUUCAGUUUCAUUGCGGGCAUAGAUCCUCUGUCGCGUGUUGAAGUUUCUAAUGGGAUACCUCAGAAUUUUACUAUUAUAGACAAGGCCAAAUCUACCAGUGUUUCCCCUCCAACAAGCACAAGCUCUACAACCCCGGCUGCACAAAACAUCACCACCACUCCCGUCCCACACCCCACUGUGCCACCGACCGACAGCCCAGCUCACAAGGCAGACCGCAAAUUUGACUCGUUCAGUUUCAUUGCUGGAAUCGUGAUGGCGGCUGGUCUGAUGGCUAUUGGUUUGGUUGCCUUUAAGUUCUACGAAGCACGACGGGACAGGAACUAUCACACCAUUUGAGAAUAUCUCUACUAGUACGUACAGUAUCCAGAGUACAUUCAGUUUUUCGCAUUUCAACGGAGUAAACUACAUCCAACAUAUUGUUACUACUAUAGUCUUUUGAAUAUCCUACUAAAUAUUUUUUGACUAGUUCUCAAUAAUCUUGCAUUGACAUUCUGCCAUUACAAAACUGGAUAAACUCGUCGCAGGUAUGAAAAGUUUCUAAAUUGAUACUAUACUCAAAUUUAAUACAUACUCCAAAAACUUAGGAUUCAACAUAAAUUGAAAUUUAUAAGAUAAUUCUUCUGCAGGAUAAUAAUUGUGAAUUAGAUUUGUUUUUAUUGAAUAGUAUGAAGCUUUCGGUUAUAAUACUGUACGCAAAUCUAACAUAUACUCAAAAAAAUUGAGAUUUAACAUAACUUGAAAUUUCUAUGAUAAUUGAUCUGCAAGAUAAUAAUUGUAAAUUAGGUUCGUUUUAUUGACUAGUAUGAAGCUUUUGGUUUUAAUACUGUACGCAAAUUUAACUUAUACUCCAAAAACUUAGAAUACAACAUAACUUGAAAUUUCUAUGAUAUAAUUCAUCUGCAGUAUAAUAAUUGUGAAUUAGAUUUGUUUUUAUUGACUCUAUGAAGCUUUUGUUUUAAUACUGUACGCAAAUUUAACAUUUACUCCAAAAACUUAGAAUACAACAUAACUUGAAAUUUCUAUGAUAUAAUUCAUCUGCAGUAUAAUAAUUGUGAAUUAGAUUUGUUUUUAUUGACUCUAUGAAGCUUUUGUUUUAAUACUGUAAGCAAAUUUAACAUAUACUCCAAAAACUUAGAAUACAACAUAACUUGAAAUUUCUAUGAUAAUUCAUCUGCAGGAUAAUAAUUGUAAAUCAGAUUCGUUUUUAUUGACUCUAGUAUGAAGCUUUUGAUUUUGGAUUAGCUACUAUUUUUAUGAGAAGAGGUCAAGUUAACUAGUAAUGUGAUUUUAUUUUCUGAGGAGUUAGCUCUUGCAUUGUUAUUUUAUUUUUAAUUUCUACUUUGACAUUUCUUAAAAUGAUUAUUUGACUAAAUUUCGUUAUUUGACUAGUAUCGAUUAUUUUUAUUCUUUAGAAUGUGUCAUAUCGGAUACUGUGAUAAUUUUCUCUUCAGUUAUUUCCUAGAUGGGCUCAAUUAGUUUUUGCAAUCAACUGAAGUGUUGUGAAUUAUUUGCUAGGUCGAGUGAGCAAUAGAAAGUAAAUUUUCUUGGGGAUCAAAAUGUGGAGGUUGUAAUAAUUAUCAAUUAGAUUUUUCCAACUACGAAAAUCGGAUUCUUUUUUUAAGUAGCAGUGGGGUGAAUCAAGAAAAUUUUUAAAAUCUAAUCAAUUUCAUAAGUGUUUGUAGUGAAAAUGAUGAAUUUCUCAAUUUCUGGACGGGAUUAUCACGGAUAUUCAUUCAUCUCAUCCACAUUCAGUCAAGCUAGCAACUGUAGCUUCUUUCUAGCUUUGCUCCGAUUUGCCUACAAAUUAAUAUAUCUUUUCUGGGGGCGGUACCUAUAUAAGCUUUAGUUGUCUACAAUCAUAGCCACCUCUAAAACAAGGCCCCGGCCAAUAUAUUGCAACGUCGCUGUGUAGGCCUAGAAUCUAAUACAUGAUUGGUGAAAAAGAUUUAAAAAAAUACCAGCUGAUCUUUUUCACCAAUCAUGUAAUAGAUUCUAGGCCUACGCUUCGACGUUGCAAUAUCGUAGGCCGGGGCCUUGUAUUAGAGGUGGCCUUGCUACAAUACAUUGUGAAUGAACAUAAAUUUUCUUUAUGCAAUUCAGUAAAAUAAAUGUCAUCUUAUCUUGAAUAGUUUCAGUAUCCGAAUGAAACUAAAUACAAAUCUGAUUUAGUUUCUUUCGAAAAUUGAUUUGUUUCCAAAAUUAUAUAACAUAGUCAAGUUUAUGCUUAUACUCCGUCCAGAAUGGCAUAAAGUGAUUUCAUUUUGAUAGUUUAUAAUACUACUUAGAAAGAUUGAAAUUCAAUAAUAUUUUUGAUGUAUUCUUAUUGGACAUUAUUACUGAAGUGACAAAUUAUUGUAACAAUGAUAGAUAUUUUAACAUUUUCUCAUAAUAUUCAACUAGAUAGAGAAAUGUAAGAUUUUACCUCAUUUCAAUUUACAGCUGUUCAAGUACAGAAACCUCGAAUUAUUAUUCUCCUCUUGUCUCCUCAAUCGUAUUGUAAAAGUAAUCUAUUAUUUUAUUUUUUGAUUCGUAGAUUAUAGUUGAGGUGCCCAUCAGAAAAUAAUAUGGGCCUAAUACAAUGUAAUACACUGUUAUAGAUUUAUAUGAGUGUGAUAUAAGAAUAACCAUGCUAUCACUUCUGAUGUAAUUGUUGGUUUGCCUCUUGAAUCUAUUUAUUAUGGGUGCUUAACAGUAAUAUCUAUCUAUCGUGGGUUCUUAGUUCUACUGGAUUUAAUGCACUGUUGUUUUUAGAUGUUAAGAGUGAUAAUUAUUAUUAGAUGUAUAUGAUAUUGUCACAAGUGCCCAUAUUUCUAUUAAGUGUCUCUUGUUGUAAUGAUUAAAGCCUUUUUUUAUCAUCAAA